UUAUAGAACGAUGCCAGUUGCAUCAGCACCACCUUAUCCGGAUAGAGUUGUGGUACAGCAUGAAGCACCAAGUAGAUCAGUCCAUAAUGAUUCACCACCAACUUAUGAGGAUUCAGCUAAUCCAAACAGUAUGCCACCAACCUAUGAGUCGUUAUAUGGUGAAUUCCGACAAGUUGAAGAUCCAAGAGGAUUAGCUCAGUUUCUAGCGAAAGCUUUUGCAGUGAUUAUUGGCACAAUGACCGCUGCGGUACUUCUGGCAGUACUAAAUAUCAUUCCAUUGGGAAUGAUAAUACUUGGCAGUAGUAACUUGUAUAGCUGUCCUGUGGAACCUUACAUACCUAUCUGGCUUAUUGUCACUGGUUUUUUUUCCCUGCUGAAGAGUGCAACAAAUUUCUGUUAUCGUGCUAAACGACAGCGCGAAGGGCGUCCGCCUUCCGCAGCAGAUGUCAAUCCGAAUCCCUUCGAUGGUUUGCUGUCGUGUUUCUUGCUCGUCUGGUUUAUAAUUGGAUCAGUAUGGGUGUAUUCAGUGCACACUGACGUGCAAUAUAGCAGUUCUCGGGACAGUAACUAUUGCGACCAGUUCACUUAUGUAUUUUCGUUCGUAUUCGUAACCCUGGGUUAUGUAUUGCUGGCCUGCACAUUGUGUUGUUUCUGUUGUUGUUGUUGCUGCAUUUGCUGUCGGCCUAAAAAACAGCGUGCUAGUGGUGCUGUAUAGAGAUAUUACUGUUAUCGCGAAAGUUGUAGUGGUAUUAUGUCACUUUCGGUCAACAAUAUUCAGUAAAAAUUCGUGUUAAGCCUACAGAUGACAGUGUUCCAUUUCAUGCUUGACUUAUAUAUGAAUGAAAAACGGACUCUUUACAUGAAACUGAAUUUGACCGUCAGUGACAUGUACUGCUUCUAUAAAUUAAUGGAGUCCAAGCAACAUUUUUCGAAUAGACUUGGUUGAGAACUUUUUCUACAGCUUGUAUAUUUUAUUUCCAUACAUUGGUAUAAUGGGUUUGCACCGAAGAGUUUCCCGCUCAAAAAAUUGAUUUGUACCAACGCAAUAGCGUUCAGCUGUUUGAGC